CACACCCCAUACGGCACUUUACACGAAUUGCAGAGAAUUAAAGCCUUUGUCACUGUUCUCGUCUUCCUCUUUAAUUUGCUCUCUCUUUACUCUGCCAACCGAGGAAACUGCUUCUUCUUUAAAAAAACAAAAACAAAGAUUUGGUUGGAUAAAAAGCAUAUAUUCUGGGUAUUAUCUGCAUAAACUAACAUGACUAUGACACGGCUGCCUUCUUCUGUUUCCACAACCAAGCUAGCCAAGGUCGGUCGUCUCCUCAUCGUCGGAGCAGCAGGUUUCAUCGGCCAGUUCGUCGCAGAAGCCAGCCUAGACGCCGGCCUACCCACCUAUGUUCUCGUCCGUCCGGGCCUCUGUUUUCCUUCUUCUAAGACCCACACUAUCAAGUCUCUCCAAGACAAAGGCGCCAUUAUCUUGCAUGGACUGAUUAAUGAGAAGGAAUCCAUAGAGAAAAUACUAAAAGAGAAUGAAAUUGAUAUAGUAAUAUCAGCCGUGGGAGGUGGAAAUAUACUGGACCAGCUCUGCUUGAUCGAGGCCAUCAAAAGCGUUGGUACCGUUAAGAGAUUUCUGCCAUCAGAGUUCGGGCACGACGUGGACAGGGCUGAGCCGGUGGAGCCAGGGCUGACUAUGUACAAGGCGAAGCAGAGAGUGAGGCGUUUGGUGGAGGAGUCCAAUGUCCCUUACACUUACAUCUGUUGCAACUCUAUUGCUUCUUGGCCCUACUACGACAACACCCACCCUUCUGAGGUUCUUCCUCCUUUGGAUCGUUUCCAAAUCUACGGUGACGGUAGUGUCAAAGCUUUCUUUGUUGCUGGCACUGACAUUGGUAAAUUUACAAUGAAAACUGUUGAUGACAUUCGAACCCUCAACAAGUGUGUGCAUUUUCGACCUACCUCCAACUUCUACAACAUCAAUCAGCUUGCAUCUUUAUGGGAGAAAAAGAUUGGAAAGACUCUCCCUCGAGUCACCGUCACUGAAUCUGACCUUCUUGCUGCAGCUGCAGAGAAUUGUAUUCCUCAGAGUAUUGUGGCAUCGUUCACGCAUGAUAUAUUCAUAAAGGGUUGUCAGAUAAAUUUCACAAUCGAUAGCCCUCAAGAUGUUGAAGUGAACACUCUCUAUCCAGAUGAAACUUUUCGAACCUUGGAUGAAUGCUUCAAUGACUUUCUUCUCAAAGUAGACCCAAAAUCUAUGAGCAACAACGAGACUCCUACUGCCAAAAGUCCUAUGGUUGAACCUAUGACAAUUACUGCAACAUGUGCUUGAUCAUACCACAAGAACACGAGGGUAAUUAAACUGCAAAGCAAUGGGAGAUCUUGUUCUUUAUUUCUUUUCUUUUCUUUUUUGUAGGGGGGAGGUGCUAAUUGCUAAGAAUUAGUUGAAAAAAUUGGGAAUUCAAUUUGCCUAUCACAUUGUAUCAUGAAUUCCUUGUCAUUUGUUGAAGGAUCUCGAUCGCGAUGGCUUGUAGCUACGUGUGUAUAAGCCUCGUGAUCAUAUGUAAGUAAUUUCUUUUGCCUGCAA